AUGGGCUGGCAUCACUGUUAUCCAUCACGAUGGGCUGGCAUCACUGUUGCCCAUUGCGGCCGGGCUGGCAUCGCCGUUGCCCAUCGCAGCCAGGCUGGCAUCACUGUUGCCCAUCGCGGCCGGGCUGGCAUCACCGUUGCCUAUCGCGGCCGGGCUGGCAUCGCCGUUGCCCAUCGCGAUGGGCCCGGAUGGGCUGGCAUCACUGUUGCCCAUCACGGCCAGGCUGGCAUCACUGUUGCCCAUCGCGAUGGGCCCGGAUGGGCUGGCAUCGCCGUUAUCUAUCACGAUAGGCCCGG